CCCACGACAACACCCUUUGCUUUUCCUUUCAUUUCACUUUCUUCCGUUAAUUCUUGCUCCAACUCUUAAGCUACUACUUCUGCCACUAUCUCCAUCAAGUGUGGUGUGGAGUGUGAACACAUACACCAACAUUGUUGAAACUUCAAACCAACUCAAGCAAGUUACCAACAACAUUUGAAUGCUCCUAUUACCAAACAUUCUCAACACUCCAAGAAUAAUCCAAACAUAGAAACAGAAAGUUCGACAGAAGGGUAGCUUUCAUGGCGUAAAACACUGAUAAGGUUCAGGUUUUUGGAAUCUGAGCUAUGGUUGGUGUUGAGCCCUGUGAGAGUGUGCAAUAAGAAGUGAUUUGUGUUGGGUUCACUUUCAAAACCACACUUUUUGGAAGAUGUUGUGUGCUUGUUCCGGGGAGCAAUUCAAGUUUGAAGAGGCACCACAGUCACCUGAGUCCUUGGCAACAAGGGAUUUCUCUGCAAGUGGUCUUUCUUCAAGGACUGGGGAUUGGGAAUCCAAAUUUGAUGAGACGCAAGUGGAAGAAGCUGAAUCUACUUUAAAAGAAACACUCUCAUUAAACUAUGAGGAAGCUCGGGCUUUGCUGGGGAGGCUUGAAUACCAAAGAGGGAACUUUGAUGCUGCCCUUCAAGUUUUUGAAGGCAUAGACAUAAAGACUUUGGCCCCGAGAAUGAUCAGGGCCAUAGCCGAAAGAACCAAGCAAAGAAAACCACGGUCAAAGGUUGAUAAUGUGCUUCCAAAUGUAAUGUCAAUGCAUUCAGUAAGCCUGCUUCUAGAGGCAAUUUUGCUUAAAUCCAAAUCCUUAGAAGAACUUGGAAGAUACACCGAGGCUGCAAAAGAGUGCAGAAUUAUUGUGGACACAGUAGAAUCUGCUCUUCCUAAAGGAAUGCCUGAGGGUAUUGGUGAAGAUUGUAAGUUGCAGGAAAUGUUCCACAAAGCAUUGGAGUUGCUUCCAAAUCUAUGGAUCAAGGCUAGUUUUCUAGACGAAGCUGUCACUGCUUAUCGGAGGGCUCUGAUCAAGCCAUGGAAUUUGGAGCCAUGGAGAUUGGCCAGGGUACAAAAAGAUUUGGCUACCACACUUCUCUAUGGUGGUGCUGAAGUAAACCUACCCUCUCAGCUGCAAGUGAAUGAUUUAACAACACCUAUGAGUGGUACUGAAGAAGCCAUACUUUUGCUGUUGAUACUCUCAGAAAAGAUGGAACUUCAGGAAAUAGAUUGGGACCCUGAAAUAAUGGAUCAUCUUACAUUUUCACUUUCAGUUACUGGAAUGUUUGAAUCACUGGCAGAUAGCGUAGAGAAGAUUCUUCCAGGGGUUUAUGAUCGGGCAGAGAGGUGGCACUUUCUUGCUCUAUGUUACAGUGCAGCAGGACAGAAUGAAGUAGCCUUGAACCUUUUGAGGAAAGCUUGUGGUAGUUCUGAAGCUAAGCAUAAACCCUAUUUUCCUUCAUUUUUGUUUGCUGCAAAGCUGUGUUCUUUAUGUCCAAACCAUGCUCAUGAAGGCAUUAAGUUUUCACAGAAAGUUAUUGAUCUAGCCAAGCAUCAAAAUGAGCAUUUUCUGGGUGAGGGCCAAAAAUUUCUGGGUAUUUGCAAAGGGGCUGCUGCAAGAGUAUCUGUUCUAGAUUCUGAAAGAGUUAUACUUCAGAGAGAGUCUUUGUACUUUCUAAAUGAUGCUGUGGAUUCAAAUGGAAAUAAUGAUCCAGAAGUGAUACUCAGCCUUGGAUUGCAAAAUGCAAUCCAAAGAAAUCUAAAUGCAGCAUAUGACAAUUUAAUGAUAUACUCUGACAUGAUGGCUGGAAGCUCAAAAAGAGGUUGGCAGUUGUUAGCACUCAUAGUAUCAGCGCAACAGAGGUUUAAGGAUGCAGAAACUAUAGUUGAUUUUGGUUUAGAUGAGGCUGGAAGUAUCGACCAGUUAGAACUACUGAGACUGAAAGCUAUACUUCAAAUUACACAGCAGCAACCUAAGAAAGCAGUAGAAACCUACAGAAUCUUGCUAGCAGUAAUUGAAUCACAAAAGGAGCAUUGGCUUCAGUCUAAGGCAUUCAGGCAUGAGGCAUUAAAACAACAGAAGUUGGAAAUGGAAGUGUGGCAAGAUUUGGCUAGCAUUUAUGUAGAUCUUUGCUCCUUUCUAGAUGCAAAAGUAUGUGUUGACAAGGCUCAGUUGAUAGAUUUUUUUUCUCCAAGAAGUUGGCAUAUUACUGGGUUGUUGUUUGAAUCUCGAAAAUUGCAUAAGGAGGCCUUAGCUUCCUUCUCAGUCUCAUUGUCAAUAGAACCAGAUCACAUUCCCAGUAUCAUUUCAGCUGCAAAAUUAAUGCUUAAACUUGGCAUGCAAUCACUCCCAAUCGCAAGAAGCUUUUUAAUGAAUGCUUUGAGAUUAGAUCCUACAAACCAUGAUGCAUGGUUUAACCUUGGACUAGUUUCAAAAAUGGAAGGUUCAUUGCAACAAGCAGCAGAUUGCUUUCAAGCCGCAUAUGAGCUGAAGCUUUCAGCUCCAGUGCAAAAAUUUGAGUGACUGAGACCUUGAAACAAGAAUUGUAAACUUUUUGUGGUUGAGAAAAAAGUGAGCUCAACAAGAGCAUUAUACAAGAGCCAUGAGCAGCAACUAAUGGGAGGAGAGAAAUAUACCCUCGGUUAAUAUUUGUGAAGAAACCUACAGCUAAAUAUAGCUAGCUACUUAUUUAUAUAUGAGAAAAUGAUAUUUCAACAAAAGUAUUUGACAAGUUUUUUACAAUGGUGACGUGGCAGCGGUUUUUUAAAAUUUUUAUUACCAAAAUGUAAGUUAGCACGUGCGGCGGAAAAAAAAA